UAAAACAUGUAAUUCUAUAAUUUUGUUUGUUGCACUUUGCUAUUUUUUGGCUCUUGACGUCUGCAUCCCAUGCCUUUGUUACACGAUUUAUGCAAUUCAUAAGUGUAAUAUCAAUUUUUGUUGGCAUCCAUACGAGUCCCUCAAUACUCUUUUAAAAUUGGAUUUCUAAACGCUAUUGCCAAUUUAAAAGUUCGAGUUAUGACGAUCUUUGAGUUAUAGAAGUUCGAGUUAUGGAAGUUCCACUGUAUGUUCAUGCGACAUUGUAUUAAGAUAAUAUUUACAUAUAUCAUCAAUUUUAUUUUUUACUUGCCUUCCGCGUAUGUUGCCCGAUAUUUUGAAGAUCAACUCAACUCUACUGACGUAAACUUUGAAAACGUCGGUUCAUAAAGAACCGUACUAAUUCGCUUUGAGCGCCAACUAGCGGUAUAUAUAUAUAUGCCACAAAUACAAUAUUUGGAUAUACAGUGACUCCAGGGGCAUCUAUCAGCCGACAGCGUUAUAAGAAUACUUCGAACUUUCAUAAAGCUAGUCAGUCCACUGACUUCGAGGUGGUCUGAUAUGCACUGUCUGUACAGACAUUUAUAAACAAUUAGUAUACCAAAUUUAAUAUGUAACUGCUUUUGAUCUUCCUUAUUUAUCCUUAUUAUGCAGAACUUGCUUACUUCAAUCUGCUUUCAUAAAAUAUUCAUUGAGUAAAUAUUAUUAUUUGCUUUACUAUUAAGCAGACUUUUCAUCAACACACACACACGAGUACAUAUCCUUCCAUACACACACACACACACACUCACAAACCCGCACAAGUCUUCUCACUACACAAGAGGGUAGUUUUUCGAAAUUUCGCUUUUGCAUUUCGCCCGGCAUCGUUGUCACACAACAACAUUUCACGAAUUACUUAGCCCUCUCAGCAAGCAGCAGCCGCCUUACGUCUGUCGGUACUAUAUGGAUGAGCGCUAGCUAGAUUAACGGUAACGGCUGAUGCUAAAACGAACGAAGUACACACACGCACAUAGCCGAGCCGAAUACUCACACAACAACAAUAAAUACGAACACAUAAACUUGAACUAGCUCACACACAUGACCUCCUUCCACCAGCCCAGCGAGGCAGCCUGCCAGUCAUCCCGUCGUCCGACCCCAUCAGUUACAGGCAGACAAUGCUGUUAGUGCGAGCCGCCUCCCCGUCAGCGCUUGCAGACCCAAGCCAACACGAGCAUAGUGAGAGCAGAUCUAACGACGAGAGCGACGAUGCGAGUCAGCAAAAAAUGGAAAACGGCAAAUCACAGGGCGAAUGUGCUCAACGAAGCUGUGACCGCAAGGAUUUUUACAGCAUCGCUAGGGCGCUUGCGACUUUCACGGAAUUAGUUAGAGAAAACUAACGCUACGCAGUAGAUCUAGUGCUGACUGGCAGUGCGUAUACAUGUAUACAAAGAUAUUAAGAGAAAUAAGCAAAUAAGAAACAUCAAUAAUUUGGAGGUCAAAAUAAAAAAAGUGUAAAGCAACCAUGUCACAGAAAUCUGGACCAACGUUGCAUACUUUGGAUAAUGAUAAUAAUUACUAUCAAAUCAGCGAUGAAGAUCUCGACGAUUGCGAAGAUCUCAACGACGACUGUCUGCUAGAAGAAGUGGUAGAGGGCAGCAAUGGCAACAGUAUCACAAUUGCGGGACGUGGUCCGUACGAACGCGCUUGGACCUCCGAGGCAACACGUGCGCUCAUACACAUACGCGGACCGAUGCAAGGCAUGUUCACGGAGGGACGUCAAAAACGCACGGCGCUCUGGUUACACUGCACGCGUCAACUACAGAAGUUGGGAUUUCGUUACAGCGCCGCGAAGGUGCAAAAGAAAUGGCACAACAUAUUGAUAACGUAUAGUAAAAAUUUGCCAAAGAAAAAGUCCAGUGGCUAUGUGCAUUGGGAGUUCUUCGAGGAGAUGCAUAAAUACUUAAAAGACAAACAAAUGGAUAUAUAUGAUUUUCAAAUUCAAUCAUCGCCAUACUCAAGAUCAACCGCACAACAGCAGCAACAACAGAAGCAACAGUUACCGCAAACUGCAGUCUUUCGUGAGAUCAAACAGGCGCCCGCACUCUCAAAUGAACUGUUGGCACAAUUUGAUGGCAACCAGCUGUCGCUGCUGGCCAAUACGGCCGAAACGAAUUUGGAUAAAUCAAAUGAUGAGUUUGAUGAGGAAUCUACCAUAAUGUCGGAGUUGAAACAACCAAAAAUGGAAUUUAAUGACAAUGAACUGCCGUUGGAAAUAUCACAUGCGAAUGGGUACGAACAUAACGGUAACAAGUGUGACAGCGUUAACUUUCCGUCUGUUGUCAAUGCGGCGCAGGAGGAUGGUGGCUGGUGGAAGGACUAUUUCGAGCGCAAACUGGAAGUGGAACGUGAGAAGAUCCAAUGUCAAAAGGAGCUCCACCGCGAACAAAUGCAAUUCCAAAAGACGACAGCGCUGCAGCAAGAGAAAAUCGAACGUUUAAAGAUCGAUGCGAUCAACAAUUUAACGGCGACGCUGCAGAAGCUGGUGGAGACGAAGAAUCGCAAAGCGUAGAGGAGAGUGGAUUGCCGACUGUAGAUUUUUGAUUUAUUUUUCUUUGGUUUAAGUUAAGAGGAUUUACAUACCUUAGGGCAUAAAGCUAAAACGCUUAAAAAGAUUUAAGCCUCAGCGGUAUGUCAAUUUUAUUAGUGCAACUUCAGUAUAUAAUUUGAUAUAUAUUUUUGGGUGAAUUUAUCUGGAAAUUAAAAUUAGAAGUCUUAAAACAUCUUUUGAGUUAUCAAAUCCACACUCAAGAUCCGUUCUCAUAAACAACCAAAUUCGAGUUAAGCUCUUUUUGUUUGUGUAUAUAACUUUAGAUAUACAAUUACAUUUAAGACAUGAAUAUAAAUUAAUGAGUACAACUAUACAGUCGCAUUAUUUUAUUAUGUAA